GCUGCAUUAAUUGUCCGGGAGCUGUGCCAGCGCCGUGCCAGCGCCAUGCCGAGGCCCACGUGACUCUCCCCGUAUUGCUCGAUCGACAUUGCGGCAGGGCACUAGCCCGGCGUUGGCUUGGCACUGCAUGGGCAACUCUGGAUGAAGUGAAUUUAGGAUGGGACUUCCUCAAGUACUUUAUCGAACUCUCUGCCGUUUGGGCGACAAAACAGUGUAUCCUAUUCUACCAGCAUUUGCAAAAACGGCAUGGAAUCAUCCGGCCGGACCAAAAACAGUAUUCUUUUGGGCUCCGACAAUCAAAUGGGGACUCGUCAUAGCAGGACUUGCAGACAUGGCACGACCAGCCAAUAAACUUUCUGUUUAUCAGAACUCAGCGUUGAUGUUCACAGGAGCCGUCUGGGCUCGGUAUAGCUUCGUGAUUAUUCCAGUAAAUUAUUACUUGGCCAGCGUCAACAUAUUUCUGUUUUGCGUGGGAUUCGUGCAACUGUGUCGAAUAGCAUAUUUUAGGCGUAGUCAAGAAAAACAAGAAAUGCUCAGCACGAAAUCCUGACCCCUCGAAUUAUCAAUGCGAGAAGAUGUGCAUAAUAACGACUGUGUUUGAUAUUUAGUUGUUGCUGUCUUCACACGAGCUUCAUUAAUAAAAAUGGGUACUUUGAA